AUGUGGUCUUCACUAACACCAGCACGAAGACAAGCCACAACGACAUCAUGGAGGGAUCGCCUAUUGACCCUCCUCAUGGCCUUGACCUUCGUCCUAUCCUCACUUGCCAGCCCCCUCCCAAUUGAAGGUGCCGUCGUCAAAGCCAACAACAACGAUGCCGUCUCUCAGCCCCAAGCCCAAGCCCAAGCCAAAGCCGAAGUCAGGCAAUUCUCAGCACCAGCGCAAGCGCAAGAGGCCGAACCAGCCACCGCCACUACUUCCGAUGACACGACCAACACCAACACAGACGACGACGACCCUCUCCUCCCCGAACGCAAAUACUUCCACGAACCCGGCUGGACCGAAGAGCUCAGUCACUACGACACCCGCUUCUUCACCUCGCCCGUCCCUUACGACCCCCACCUCGUGCACCUGCGCCACCUCAUCCGGUCCUACCUGCUCAUGACCUCGUCGCGCUCCUUGACCACCUGGCUGGCACACGGCACGCUGCUCGGGUGGUACUGGAACGGCGCCAUCAUGCCGUGGGACUAUGAUCUCGACGUGCAAGUCAGCAACAUCACGCUGGGGCAGAUGGCGCGGGACUGGAACCAGACGACGUUCGAUUACGUGUACACCCUUUCGGAAGAAGAGGAAAAAGAAGGACUGGGCAAACAGGGCGAGGUCACUGUCAAAAAGUACUUGUUGGAUGUGAACCCGUACUGGGCGCAGAGGACGAGGUUGGAGGGGAUGAAUGUGAUUGAUGCGCGGUGGAUCGACAUGGAGAAUGGUAUGUAUGUGGACAUUACGGGCUUGAGUGAGGAUCGCGAAGAGACGGGGACAAGACAAGGGGUGUGGAGUGAUAAGAAUUAUCAUGGCUAUGGGACGAGACAGAUUUGGCCACUGAGGAGGACGGAGUUCGAGGGCGUGGAGGCGUGGGUGCCGUGGGAUGUGGAGGAGAUUCUGAAGGAGGAGUAUGGGGUGAAGAGUUUGACGGAGGAGUCGUUCGCUGGACAUCAAUUUGACCAUGGGCGGAAACAGUGGGUGAAGACGGAGUUGGCGUAGAAGACGUCGUCAUGACUUUCGUCAUCGGAAGAAGCCCUCCUCGGGUCGGGAAGAUGAGUUCUUUUGUCUUGUUCCUUGCAUUUCUGGCGUUGGAAUACCGGUGGUAUAAAAUGGGCACAUAAAGGGAUCGAACAUAAGAGGAUUGAAGGGGGAUGAAGGAAGGAACCGCAGUUUCCAUGCGAUAUUGGUCGUUGGGAUCGUCGCCAGGAGCAUAUAUACCCCUAGACGAGCAUAAUACCCGUAAUCUUGUAGUCAGCUUUCCGAUAGAAUGUGUGCCUGUUAACUCGUUUGCGAGACUGAAGGAAUAGCGGCUGGCACGCAGAUAGAUGGCCAACAAAUGGUCCAACGCUGUUGUUAC